UUCGUCAUCCGUUCAUUAUCUGCUAUUCUUCAUGACCGAAAUGAAAGAAACAGAGUUAAAUUGAGAAGACGACAUGAGUGGUAUUGCAAUAUUUCUUUUGGUAGAGCUCUUAGCUCUUAUUGGUGUACAUGAAAUUGGCUGUGAUGUUAAGUUUAAAAACCAGGAUGCAGUUUUGGAGGACUUUGAAAUUACGAAAUCAGAGAAAGUUCACUAUGGAUCGCUUGAUGAGCAAGCUGUCCGAAAUUUGUUCGACAAUUUCAUCAGAGAGCACAACAAGGAAUACAAAAGUCAUGAAGAGAAGGAGAGGAGGCUAAAAUUAUUCGUGCAGAAUUUGAAAAAAUACGACAUUUUGAAUGAAGCGGACAUGGGAACAGCGGUGUACGGAGUUGAUGAAUUUUCGGACAUGUCAGAAGAGGAAUUUAAAGAGAAAAUGUUGCUUAAAACGAAGUAUACACGCAAGGCAGAGGCCGACGGAGCUCACGCCUUAAAUAUAGAGAAUUUGAAAAUUCCACAGAAUUUUGAUUGGAGAACCAAGGGCGCUGUUUCACCAGUUAAAAGCCAGGGUUAUCAUUGUGGCUCUUGUUGGGCAUUUGCGACCGUUGCUGUAUUGGAAAGUUUAUAUUACUUGAAACAUAAGAAAAUGGAAAUUUUCUCUGAGCAGCAGCUCGUUGACUGUGACCCAGAAUCAUAUGGCUGCGCUGGAGGCCUCAUGUCCGAUGCUGUGAAUUACAUAAAGAGCGCAGGAGGUCUUGAACUGAAUGAAACAUACCCUUACAAAGCCCAAACUGAGCCGUGCCAUCAUAAUUUAACUAAUUUUGUUCUGAAGGUUAAAAACCUUGUUCCGCUCCCCAGAAACGCGGAGAGGAAAGUCGCGAGGUGGCUGUUCAAAAACGGGCCCGUUAAGGUUGCUGUUGACUCCAGCGCAAUGUAUGGCUACAUAGAUGGAAUUGCUCACCCACCUGAGAGCAUGUGUUCUAAAAUAGAAGCUGAUUUGAAUCAUGAAAUCACAUUGGUAGGAUACGGUGUACAAGUUGAACGUGCUAAUGGCCGCAAAAAGAAGAUACCAUACUGGAUCGCGAAAAAUAGCUGGGGCGAAAAAUGGGGUGCAAAGGGAUACUAUUAUCUAUACAGAGGCGACAGCUCGUGCGGUGUUGCAGUGGACCCUCAUUCAGCAGAGAUUGAAUAAAACUGAAAAAUAAACUUACUGAGAGGCUACCGAUAAA